AUGCAGCUCCUCCACAUCCUCGCAGCCUUCCCUCUCACGGCCCUUGCCGCCCUCAACGGCCGAUGCACUGGUUCCGAAGCCACGGGCGAGUGGGGCUCCAAGGGCAUCUGCAUCAGGACUUCGACCUGCAGCAGUGCCGGCGGUGCUUACAAGACUGGCGCCUGCCCGUCUGACCCUGCCGAUGUCAAGUGCUGCCUGGUGGGCCGUGGUCCUUCCGUUGGCACCAACCCUUGUGGUGGUGCUUCGUGGUGUGACUGGACCUCCAACACAUGCAGUGGUAGCCGACUGACUGGUAGUUUUUUAUCAUGCCCUCGGUCCAUCAUGCAUGUACUAACCAAAUCCAUAGGAUACUGCCCCGGCGGAUCCAACUACAAAUGCUGCAGGCUCUAG